UCGCAAGAAGAAGCAUAUUUGACAAUAUAAAUUUUGCAAAUUCACGGAGCCUACGAAAAUAAAAUACUGAAAAUCUUGUAAAGUUUUUAAGAAAUAUAUAACUUUCUUAUUAAAUAAAUAAAAAUUUCAAACACUAUGACUACCGGUAGUGCUCCUGCGGAUGGUGUACGCGAAAAAGCUCUCUUUGAUUAUCGUAAAAAAUUGUUGGAACACAAAGAAGUUGAAUCGAGACUUAAGGAGAAACGUGAAGAAAUCAAGGAGCUUACAAAACAAUAUGAUAAAUCUGAAAAUGACUUGAAAGCCCUCCAGAGUGUGGGUCAAAUUGUGGGUGAAGUGUUGAAACAAUUAACAGAAGACAAAUUUAUUGUCAAAGCCACCAAUGGUCCACGUUAUGUAGUGGGAUGCCGUCGCCAGUUGGAUAAAACAAAGUUAAAAUCCGGCACUCGCGUAGCCUUGGAUAUGACAACUCUUACAAUUAUGCGUUAUUUACCACGUGAGGUAGAUCCUUUGGUUUACAAUAUGUCUCAUGAAGAUCCUGGUGAUGUUAAGUACUCCGCUAUUGGUGGUCUAUCCGAACAAAUUCGUGAAUUACGUGAAGUCAUCGAAUUGCCUUUAUUAAAUCCAGAACUUUUCCUGCGUGUGGGUAUUACACCGCCCAAAGGUUGUCUUCUUUAUGGCCCACCUGGUACUGGUAAAACUUUACUGGCUCGUGCUGUCGCUUCCCAAUUGGAUGCCAAUUUCCUGAAAGUUGUAUCAUCCGCUAUUGUGGAUAAAUACAUUGGUGAAUCAGCUCGUUUAAUUCGUGAAAUGUUUAAUUAUGCUCGUGAUCAUCAACCUUGUAUUAUAUUUAUGGAUGAAAUUGAUGCCAUCGGUGGUAGACGUUUCUCUGAGGGUACAUCUGCUGAUCGUGAAAUUCAACGUACUCUUAUGGAGUUGCUGAAUCAAAUGGAUGGUUUCGAUGCUUUGGGACAGGUGAAAAUAAUUAUGGCUACCAAUCGUCCCGAUACUUUGGAUCCUGCACUGUUGCGUCCCGGUCGUCUUGAUCGUAAAAUUGAAAUUCCACUGCCUAAUGAACAAGCUCGUAUGGAAAUAUUAAAAAUUCAUGCUUCAAAAAUAGCCAAACAUGGUGAAAUCGAUUAUGAAGCAUGUGUAAAACUGUCAGAUAAUUUCAAUGGAGCUGAUUUACGCAAUGUUUGUACAGAAGCUGGUCUUUUUGCAAUAAGAGCCGAACGUGAAUAUGUUAUCCAAGAAGAUUUUAUGAAAGCUGUACGCAAAGUAUCCGACAAUAAAAAAUUGGAAAGCAAAUUGGAUUACAAACCCGUUUAAUAUUGAUAACUUUUUAUUUAAUACACAUAAAAACAUUUACAAAUCAAUAUAAAAAACUAUUAAAAUAAAACAAA